AUGGUCCUCGCCGGCCCCACCAAUCCAAUGGUCACGCCUCUCCUCACCGAUCUCUACCAGUUCACCAUGGCCUACGCUUACUGGAAAGCCGGCAAGCACAAGGAACGAGCCGUGUUUGAUUUGUAUUUCCGCAAGAAUCCAUUCGGCGGCGAAUACACAGUGUUUGCUGGAUUAGAGGAAUGCAUCAAAUUCAUUGCUAAUUUCAAACUGGCCGACGACGAAAUCGAUUUCGUCCGCCAAUCCUUGUCUACUUCAUGUGAGCUAGAGGAAGGAUUCUAUAAGUAUCUGAGUGGAGUUGACUGUUCCGAAGUUGAAGUCUAUGCUAUCCAAGAAGGAUCAGUCGUUUUUCCAAAGGUUCCUCUCGUUAGAGUUGAAGGACCAAUCGCUGUGGUUCAGUUACUCGAAACUCCAUUCUUGAAUCUCAUUAAUUAUGCGUCAUUAGUUGCUACAAAUGCCGCAAGGCAUCGUUACGUUGCUGGAGAAUCUAAAAUGCUACUUGAGUUUGGGCUUCGACGAGCUCAGGGACCUGAUGGUGGAAUAGGGGCAUCUAGGUACUGCUACAUGGGAGGAUUUCAUGCAACAAGUAAUGUUGCCGCUGGAAAGAUAUUUGGGAUCCCGCUUCGCGGAACACAUUCGCAUGCUUUUGUCAGCUCAUUCAUGAGCCCAGACGAGAUUAUAGAUAAAUCACUUCGUCAUAGCAGUGAUAAGCGCAGUACUUGUGAGGAUUUUGUUAGCCUGGUUCAGACUUGGUUGCGCAAAAUUCAGUCGUGGUCAAAUUCAUUAAAUGGUACUUUUGGUGGUGAGACCAAUCAUAGUGAGCUUGCAGCAUUCACAUCGUAUGCCCUGGCAUUCCCUGAUAACUUUCUAGCUCUUGUAGACACAUAUGAUGUUAUGAGGAGUGGAAUUCCCAACUUUUGUGCGGUUGCUUUAGCACUCAAUGAUCUAGGGUACAAAGCAGCUGGCAUUAGGUUGGAUUCAGGUGAUCUAGCAUAUCUCUCCUCUGAGGCUCGAAAGAUUUUUCUCAUCGUUGAGAAAGAAUUUGGAGUACCUGGAUUUGGAAAGACGGUUAUCACAGCUAGUAAUGAUCUAAAUGAGGAAACUUUGGAUGCUUUAAACAAACAGCGCCAUGAGGUUGAUGCAUUUGGAAUUGGGACCCAUGUAGUUACUUGUUAUGCUCAAGCUGCUCUGGGUUGUGUUUUCAAGCUUGUUGAGAUAAAUAAUCAGCCUCGCAUCAAACUUUCUGAAGAUGUCACAAAGGUCUCCAUCCCUUGUAAAAAACGAUCGUACAGAUUGUUUGGGAAAGAAGGUUAUCCCCUGGUAGACAUAAUGACCGGAGAAAAUGAACCACCUCCAAAGGUUGGAGAACGGAUCCUGUGUCGUCACCCCUUUAAUGAAUCGAAGAGAGCAUAUGUAGUGCCGCAGCGUGUUGAGGAACUUAUGAAAUGCUUUUGGCAUGGCCCAGGUGGAGUGAGAGAAGAUCUGCCACCAUUAAAGGACAUCAGGGAGCGCUGCAUCAGCCAACUCGGGAAAAUGCGCCCCGACCACAUGAGGAGACUAAACCCCACUCCGUAUAAGGUUAGUGUAAGUGCAAAACUGUAUGACUUCAUUCACUUCCUAUGGCUCAAUGAGGCACCUGUCGGGGAGUUGCAGUGAGACUCACUCUGUAGUAGCAAGGGUAACAUGAAGCAGUCCACAUAUCGCAGAGCAAGCAAUGAUUAAAGGUCUAGCCGUUUAGGAGCUUCUUUAAAUAGUUUACCGCAUACACAUGAAUGUCCAACACAUAAUUAGUUCAAAUCCUGCAGUUACAGCAUGCUCAUAAACCACAAGGUAGUUUCUAGGAUUUUGAUGCCUAACAGUAUUGAAACAGCUAAUAAACCAAAGUUUGUCAACAGUAACCUCUGACUUUCUAGUUGAAUUUGAAGUAUGAAUCUUGCAAGAAGAUUUGUGUUUUUGAUGUAAUCCAUUUUGAUGCUAGUUUCUUUAGCUGUGUGGCAGACAUGUAGCUGAUUCAUAGCACACUUGUUAUUAAUUUAAUAUUUCUUACAGUUUAUGAUUAUGACAAAGGACAACAGUUGUUUUUCAUUUCUUUAAUAUGGCAUUCAUCAUGAAUGGGCAAGGUACAUAUAGCAGUGCUUUGAGAAGUUAAAACUGCUAGUAUUCUUGCACUCGAGCUUUUUGACAAUGUUCUACCAAAUGUGUUAGGUUUAUGGUAUGAUAAGCUAGCUAGGUUCAUGUCCUAAGGACAAAAGCAAGUCUUCUAUGUGGAAAGUCUCUUACAUUGGUAUUUGGUAUGGUUUAGGUCUUUAGGAGAAUUGUGAGUUGAAUGCAACCCAACAAGUUAGUACAUUCUCUUUUGGUGCAGGAGCAAACUAUCAGGAGCAAGCAGCUUUUACAAUGAAAAAUGGGAAAAUGAGGAAUUCAGUACUAGA